UGCUCACAGUGCUCGCAGCUCGCGUCCGACCUCGACUUACACGAGAGUUCUCUUCACCUCGUUCAACGUUUCAUUGCUACAAUUAUUAUACCGAGACUUGCAAAUAGCAUUUAAAAUUCGUGCUAAUAACUCACGAAUCUUUUGUAUUUAUAUUAAUUAGAAACAAAAAGCAAAUCAAACACUCGUGCAACCGUUAGCUCGAGAUCUUAUUCAUCGUUUCGUGAAGAGAUAAAAUCACCACAGACCAAAAAUGUGUGACGAAGAAGUAGCCGCACUCGUCGUUGACAAUGGAUCCGGUAUGUGUAAGGCCGGUUUUGCGGGUGACGAUGCCCCAAGGGCGGUAUUCCCGUCGAUCGUUGGUAGGCCACGUCAUCAAGGUGUGAUGGUGGGUAUGGGUCAGAAGGACAGUUACGUAGGUGACGAGGCUCAGUCAAAGAGAGGAAUAUUGACCCUGAAAUACCCGAUCGAGCACGGAAUAGUGACGAAUUGGGACGACAUGGAGAAAAUUUGGCAUCAUACUUUCUACAACGAGCUCCGUGUAGCGCCGGAGGAACAUCCGGUAUUGUUGACCGAAGCGCCAUUGAAUCCAAAAGCGAAUCGUGAGAAGAUGACGCAAAUAAUGUUCGAGACAUUCAACACCCCGGCGAUGUACGUCGCGAUCCAGGCAGUUUUGUCGCUGUACGCGUCCGGUCGUACGACCGGUAUCGUAUUGGAUUCGGGUGACGGUGUAUCCCACACCGUGCCGAUCUACGAGGGUUACGCGUUGCCCCACGCUAUUUUGCGUCUCGAUCUUGCCGGUCGCGAUCUCACCGACUAUCUCAUGAAGAUUCUCACCGAGAGAGGAUACUCGUUCACGACCACCGCCGAGCGAGAAAUCGUCCGCGACAUAAAAGAGAAGCUCUGUUACGUUGCUCUCGACUUCGAGCAGGAAAUGGCCACCGCCGCAUCUUCCUCCAGUCUCGAGAAGAGUUACGAACUUCCGGACGGACAAGUUAUCACCAUUGGUAACGAGAGAUUCCGCUGUCCCGAGGCGCUCUUCCAGCCGUCGUUCCUCGGCAUGGAAGCCUGCGGCAUUCACGAGACAACUUACAAUUCCAUCAUGAAAUGCGACGUCGAUAUCCGUAAGGAUCUCUACGCCAACACCGUACUCUCCGGAGGUACCACCAUGUAUCCUGGCAUCGCCGAUAGGAUGCAGAAGGAAAUAACCGCUCUUGCACCUUCGACCAUGAAGAUCAAGAUCAUCGCGCCGCCCGAGAGAAAAUACUCCGUAUGGAUCGGUGGAUCCAUCCUCGCUUCUCUCUCGACCUUCCAACAGAUGUGGAUCUCCAAGCAGGAAUACGACGAGUCCGGCCCAUCCAUCGUACACAGGAAGUGCUUCUAAGCGCUCAUCCACCUCUCUUUUUUUUUUACUCUACUCUCUCCUGCUCUAUUUUCUCGACAUUAUUUCAUCCGUGUAGAUGGUCGAUUUACGCUAACCGAGAACAACAACCCGGCGGCGGAGAGAGAUAGGUACACACGUACACACAAACGAUCCACACACAUACACAUUCACACUCGAAACAUUCGAAUUUUUCGCAUAUUGAUAAGUAAAGAGCGGCACUCCGACAUCUGGUGAUGUAUUUCGUGAACCAAACAUUCCGUUUUUAUUGGCCUCCCGUACACGCGCAACUUUUACCCCGAGUAUUGUCGCCGCACGCUUUUUCGAUCUCUCGAGCGCGCGCCCGUGUGUACGACUCCGCCAUUUUGCCAACUCUUUACCGAACCAGUAUUGCGUCGUGAUUAAACCUGCGAGCGAUUCCCGAUUAUUUUAUGUCUUGGGCCUUUUUUCCUUUCUCGUUAAAACAAAUACGCAUCUUUUUGAGAAAGAGAAAUUGAGAGAGAAAGAGAGAAAAUAACUAAGCGCCGCUCCGAUAUUCCAAGGCGGACGUAACAUCAACUUCCGCGUUCCCGGUCGCGUCGCACGAAAACGGACAUACUCGAAACGAGUUUUAUUCCAAUAAUUAACUGAACGAAAGGAAGGAAAGAAAAAAAUGAUAAGUAAACCGGGACAAACCUCGCGCAUCCUCAUUCUCUUCAUCGUUCACCAUCGAGAACACGCGCUGAUUUUUUUUUUUUUGUUUUUUUUUGUCAACAUCCGAAUGUCGAGCCUCCCGGCUCAGUCCGCGCGAUUCUUUCAUUAUAUUAAUAUUAUUAUAUACUUUAUGAUUCCAAAAAGACGAAAUGCAUUACAAGAUAGAACGAAAAAAAAACAAUAAAUGAAAAAAAAAAUGAAAGAACGAUUAUCUUGGAUUUGUGACCUCGCGAAACACGAGAGCCAGUUUGUAUUAUAUACUGUAAUUGGAACAACAAUGCCAGUUCACAGUGUGAACUAAUCUAUUUCUACGAA